UCCUCCUCUCUCUCCUCUAUCAUCAUCAUCAUCAUCAUCAUCUUAAAUCUCUCUCUCUCUCUCUCUCUCUAAUAAUUCCGGCUAUUUCUUUGUCAGAUUCCGGCCAACCCUUUCUUCCUCUUUAUAUAUACCUAACCCCCUCCCUCUCCUCUUUAGCUCUCUCUCACAUUUCCACCUCUCUCUCUCUCUCUCUCUCUCUCUCUCUCUCUCUCUAACUGCUCCAGUACCCACCCGCUCCCAUUACACAUUAUUACUACUUUAUGAUCAAACCUGGUCCAUAAAACUCCUCAAUGAAUUGGGCAUGAGAAUUUAAUCCUAACCAAUCUGACCACAUUUUCCAAAACUAACCACAAUUCUUCACACCCCAAAUAUAUUAUUACCCAUCAAUUGUUUCCCCUUCGAUUUCUGAUCACAUCACUUGAUUUCAGAAGUGCCCAAAAAUCUGUUUGUGUUUUGUCUCUGUGAUGAACCGAGCUUUACCCGAGAUGUUGAACUGUAUGAACGCGCCGGGGACAUUUAUAGCCGGAAACUGUACCGACAUGACGGUGCUGGAGAGGCAGAGGGCCCGGAUGAAGUGGCAGCAGAGUGACCAUCAUGAUCAACAACAGCAGCAUAUUCAGUAUAAUUUUGGCGGGGGCGAGCUUAGUGGGGUUUUCUCCCUUCCAAUUCAUGCUCAGGGGCUUCAGGGUUUUCUGAGUGGUAACCGGGCGGUGAAACCCGACCCGAGUUCCGAAAACGGGUGGGCUGAAUUGGGUUUCGGGUCUUGUGGGUUGGUCAUGAAUAAUAAUGGCACAGCAGGGUUUGAAGGGAUGGGUAAUGCUCUCAAUAACAACAUCUCCAGGACUUUUAGCUGCCCGCCCACUGUAGCCACCGAGAAGACGUCCGGCGACACCGUUUUGUCUCAGAAGCUUAGCUUGCCGGCAGGGAAAGAAAGCUUUAAGAAGAGGAAGGCUGAUAAGGUGCAGAUCAAUAAGGCUGCUGCUGCUGCAGAAAGUGAUAGCACAGAGAAAAGAACAAAAAGUUGUGCAGAAAAAGGGGACUCCAAGAUCACAGAGCAAACCAGCACCAAGAACAACGACGGAGAAUCUUCUGGUGAUACUUCAAAGGACAAUUCAAAAGCUUCUGAGGUUCAAAAGCCUGAUUACAUCCAUGUCCGUGCGCGGCGAGGUCAGGCCACGGAUAGCCACAGCUUGGCUGAGAGGGUGAGGAGGGAAAAGAUCAGUGAAAGAAUGAAAUAUCUGCAAGAUUUAGUACCGGGGUGCAACAAGAUCACUGGCAAGGCCGGCAUGCUUGAUGAAAUCAUCAAUUAUGUUCAGUCUCUUCAACGACAAGUAGAGUUCCUGUCUAUGAAACUAGCUGCUGUGAAUCCGAGGCUUGACUUCAACAUCGACGACUUGUUUGCAAAAGAGCAGAUGUUUCCUACGUGUGCGGCCAACUUUCCGACGAUGGGGACGUCAUCAGAAAUGACCAAUUCUGUGUAUCUUCAGUUGAAUCCAAUGCAACAAUUGGUUUCAUCUUCUGGGUUGGAUAUGGGGUUAGAUUCCACUGAUUUGGCACUUCGAAGAACCAUAAGCGCUCCGAGUUCGAUCCCCGAACCAUUUCUUGACACAUCCUGUUUCACUCAACCCCAACCUACGGCAAUUUGGGAUGCUGAUUUACAGAACAUUUUCGAUGUGGAAUUUCAACAAGGAAGAUCAUCCUUUCAAUCGCAACCAUUUACAGGUUCCAUUGAAGAUAGCAAUUUAAAGAUGGAGAUGUGAAUGAAACGUCACUCAUUUGAUUCUUGGAAGAGUUUACUUUGAUGCAUCUGAUCCAGAUUAUUUUUUCUACUCUCUUUAAGUACAUAACAUAUUUAUAUAUAUAUGUUUGUAUCUAUACCUGCAACAUAGUAUGAAUAAAAUAAAUUUCCCACAAAAA